AUGGAUGAAGGGAAAGACAUUGAGGGCGGUAAAGCCCACGCAGAUCAUGAUGAGCACCCAUCUCGUGAUUUUCGCCAACCAUCUUCUGCUUCGGCUGUCGUUUGGUACAAGCACCCAGGGCUGCGCAGACUAUAUGCUAUGAUGCCCAUUCUCUUCCUAGGAUCAACAAUCAAUGGCUACGAUGGGUCCUUACUCAAUGGCUUGCAAACAAUGCCCCCCUGGGAUGACUACUUCAACAACCCAACUGGCGCUAGACUGGGCCUCUUCACCGCAAUCCAGAAUAUAGGCGGCUUCUGUUCUCUUUUCUUUGCAUCUUAUGCCGCCGACUUGCUUGGACGUAAAGGAGGAGUCUUGCUCGGCCUGCUGGUUUUAUUCGUUGGAACUAUUAUCCAAGUUGUCCCUUCCGUCAACUCUGGAAUGUACAUUGCAGGAAGAUUUCUAGUCGGUUUGGGGUCAAACGUUGCUCAAGGAUCCGCACCCCUUUUAAUCACUGAGCUUGCUCACCCACAACACCGCGGCACACUGACGACAAUGUACAACACACUUUGGUAUUUGGGGUCUAUAAUCGCCGCUUGGACGGUUUUUGGAACUCUGAAAUAUAAUUCGGACGCAGCUUGGCGGAUACCUGUUGGGAUGCAAGCAGCCAUGCCAUUGAUCCAAUUCUUGGGAAUCUGGCUCCUGCCUGAAAGUCCUCGUUGGCUUUGUGCGAAGGAUCGAGGCGAUGAAGCGUUUCAAGUUUUGGUCAAGUACCAUGGAAACGGGGACGGAACUGAUCACUUCUGCGCAUGGGAGUUUCAUGAGAUACAAGAAACCAUUCGGCUGGAAAAAGAAAACUCGUCCAACGGUUGGAAAUUACUGGUUCAGACCAAAGGGAAUCGCAGACGACUGCUUUUGAUUGCCAUGGUGGCCUUUUUCUCCCAGUGCUCCGGAAAUGGUCUCGUAUCAUACUAUCUCCAUGAUAUCCUCAGCUCUGUCGGUAUAACCUCGUCAUACGAUCAAUCUAUCAUUAACGGGGGUCUUCAAAUUUGGUCUUUCCUUGUCGCAAUUGGCUUUUCAUCUUUCUUGGUGGACCGUUGGGGUAGAAGAACACUUUUCAUGGUCGCCGGUGUUGGCAUGUUAAUCAGCUUCAGUGUCUGGACUGGUUGCUCAGCAGUUUAUGCGCAAACGGGAAACUCUGCUGCCGGUAGCGCAGUCAUUGCAAUGAUCUUCCUCUUUUAUGGCGUAGCUGGGUUUGCAUGGCCCGGUCUGACAGUUUCCUAUUGCGCAGAAAUUCUGCCAUACAAUAUUCGAGCCAAAGGACUAGCGGUCAAUCUCGCCUUGACAUCAGCCUCUUCAGUCUUCAACCAAUACGUGAAUCCGAUUGGCCUCGACCACUUGCAGUGGAGAUAUUAUUUUGUCUACAUUGCUAUCCUUGUCGUUGAGUGCUUCUCUAUCUGGUUUUUGUUUGUCGAAACCAAAGGACCGACACUGGAGGAGAUUGCAGAACUGUUUGACGGUGAAGAAGCAAACGUUGCCCAUAUCCAGGGGUCUUCAAAGACUGAAGACCGGUAA